AUGAUUUCCUCAGAGGUAAGGCUCAUAAGUUCUUUUAUCAAGCACUACGCCUUUAACAUGAACAAAAGUGUCGAGAGGAAGAAAGAAGGUGGCGGGACCCACGUAAAAUGGCUGUGUUCUGAGCACAAAAACGGUUGUAGCUGGUUUAUAGCUUUGUCACGCAAACGUCAAUCGAAAAUUAAUGAAGAAGCGACCAUGCAGCGGCGGAAAAAGCCUACAACUAAACUUUUACAUAUUCCAUGUGGAUCAUGGUAUAUCUCUAAAAUGGAGCUAAACCACACACAACUUUGCCCUGGGAUUGCUGUAAUGACUACUGAAUUUCUGUUGGAGCAUCCUGGUUUUCGUGGAGCUAUUCUUCCUGGUCAUAGCACUUCACAAGCGCGGGUAGUAAAGACAAUGAUUUGCAGGGAAAAACCUGGUUUACGGGUUUGUUGUCAGUUGGACUCAGAGGGGAGGUUUUAUAGAGCCUUUUUAUCUAUUGGUAGUGCUGUGAAUGUGCAAGACGCAUUUUUACCUGUUUGGGAGUGCGAUGGCACGCACAUGAAGGAUCCGUCGUACAAUGGCAUUUUGGCCUACGUUCACAAAGAGACCAUCGACAACUUUGCCUGGAUUUUCUGGAACUGUAUUGUCGCUGGUAUAAAGAUGAACAUUCGGCCUGCGUUUUGCGACAGAGGAAAACAGCUAGUAGCUCGAGCCUUGUUGCUUCGCAUCAACAUGAAAAUACACUUGAAGUUCUGCACACUGCAUAUCAGGUUUAACACCAUGGACAAAUACAAAUCUCUGAGGUUAAACUUGAAGUCCGUAAACGACGAUAUUUUUUCGCUUCAAGGCGCUUCAACAACCGAAGGGUAUGAGCUCAUCAAAACUAAAAUAGCAUCCAAGUAUCCUGCCGGAAUUUCAAAGGUUUUCGCGGAGAAGAUCGUCGAGGAGCACGUUUGGAGCUACCUUUGCAGUAUUUAUCCCACAGAUUGGUGUGUUGUCGGUAAUAUGAAGGCAACAACAAAGGAAUUAAAGUGGAUAGACGAUAACUGGUCUUCUGUCCCAAUGCACGGCGACGCUUUGCCUCUGUUUGGUAUCCGCACUACGAGUGCUGUCGAAGGAGAGAAUAACGGGCUACUAUGGGGACGUGUGCGGACCCAACUUGUGCUAAGUUCAGUCAUGACGUACUGUACAAGAGCACUCAAAAAUUUGCAGAAGCCCGCGGUUUAG